CACACUAUCAGUAUUGCAGCAAUGAAACAAGCUCCCUAUAAGGAAAGCAUAUACACAUACGAUAAAUAGCGAAUGCCCUUAAUAAAAACAUUUGCAAUUUCAGUGUGUGACUUGUGUGUCAUCUUGUUUUUUAGGGUUUUUCACAUUUUGUCUGGUCUUUAAUCUUGGAAUGAGGAGCCAUGGCAUCCUGUCCUGAGAAGUAAAAGUUGCUGCCCUGCUGGGCAGAGGUGUCUGUGUUGCAUGGCGUCGGGGCAGGAUGGCCGGCUGGAGGUUGGGGCGCCUGGGAGCUCUAGCCUGGCCAAACCUCUCUACCUGCAACGGUUAGAACGAUCCCUGAGGUUGGACAGUUUCCUGCGCCAGACUGCAACCAUCUUCAACAGAGACAUAACCAGUGAUGACAGUGACGACAGUGAUGAUGCACUGGGGACGGGGCUGUCUCUGGACCACUCUGCUCAACAUGCAGCUUUGACAGUGAAGAGUGAGUCAUGUGAACAGGGGGAUGGGUUGGCCGAGUGCAAGCCCCUCAAUGGAGUUCUUCUGCAAGGUAAAGACCCAAAGGCUGAUAAAACAAGCCUCUACAAUUUCUCCAAGCUGAAGAAAAACAGGAAAUGGCUCAAGAGUAUCCUGUUGAGUGACGACACCACAGACUCGGACACCGACUCUGAUGACACUGAUUUCUGUUUGUCUCGGGAGGAGCUGCAAGAUAUGCUGAGGCUGCAUCGGUACACCAGGCAGCAUCAGAGCAGGUUCCACUCUGAGCGGGAGCUUCACCAGUACCAGUACUACAGCACUGGACUCCUCUCUACUCAUGACCCCUUCUACGAGCAACAGCGCCACCUUCUGGGCCCAAAGAAGAAGAAAAUCAAAGAUGAGAAGAAAUUCAAGGCCAAACUGAAAAAAGUGAAGAAGAAGAAGAAACGAGGAGAGGGAGACUUUCUGGAUGAGGGGCGUCCUUACAUCACCAAGGUCUUCGCCAAGUUUUCCCAUGAUGCACCACUACCUGUGGUGAAGAAGAAACAUCUGACUAUUGAGCAGCUGAAUGCACGACGACGUAAGGUCUGGCUCACCAUCGCCAAAAAGGAGAUUCCCAAGACUUUCAAGCAGAAGACUUCUGCUAAGAACCUGGUGUUGACCAAUGCUAAGAAGCUGGCUCAUCAGUGCAUGCGAGAAGUGCGGCGUGCGGCCAUCCAGGCUCAGAAGAACUGUAAGGAGACACUGCCCCGGGCUCGGCGCCUCACGAAGGAGAUGAUGCUUUACUGGAAGAAAUACGAGAAAGUGGAGAAGGAGCACAGGAAGAGGGCCGAGAAGGAGGCGCUGGAGCAACGCAAGCUGGAUGAGGAGAUGAGAGAGGCCAAGCGUCAGCAGCGCAAACUAAAUUUCCUCAUCACCCAGACGGAGCUGUACGCUCACUUUAUGAGCGGUAAAGCCAACGUGGGGGGUCCAGGAGGAGACACGGUGCAGGAUGAAAUUCUUCAAAAGCUUGAUGACUCUGCGGCUCAGAGACAAAUAGAUAUCGGAGGAGGCGUAAUGGUCAACAUGGGACAGGAAGAUUAUGAUAGUGAAUACUACAAGUCUCAGGCCCUGAGGAACGCCAAAGAAGCCUACCAGAUUCAUCAGAAGAAAACACGAAUGUUUGAUGAUGAGGCCAAAGACAGCCGCUGUGCGUCUCUGCAUGCAGCCGUUGGCCCGUCUUCAGGCUCUGGGUUUGGAGAGAGCUACAGCCUUUCCAACCCAUCCAUCCUUGCGGGUGAAGAAAUUCCUCAGCCCACAAUUUUUAAUGGCAAGCUCAAGGGUUACCAACUCAAAGGCAUGAACUGGCUGGCAAACCUCUACGAACAGGGAAUCAAUGGAAUCCUGGCAGACGAGAUGGGGCUGGGGAAGACGGUGCAGAGUAUUGCCCUUUUGGCUCAUUUAGCAGAGAGAGACAACAUCUGGGGUCCAUUUCUUAUCAUCUCUCCUGCAUCCACGCUCAACAACUGGCAUCAGGAGUUCACCCGUUUUGUGCCCAAAUUCAAGGUGCUGCCAUACUGGGGAAACCCUCACGACCGCAAGGUGAUUCGGAAAUUCUGGAGCCAGAAAACCCUUUACACACAAAAUGCACCAUUCCACGUGGUUAUCACAAGCUACCAGCUGGUGGUCCAGGACGUCAAAUACUUCCAGAGGGUCAAAUGGCAGUACAUGGUUCUGGAUGAGGCCCAGGCACUGAAAAGCAGCACUAGCGUUCGCUGGAAAAUCCUCCUGCAGUUCCAGUGUCGAAACAGAUUGCUGCUCACCGGGACGCCCAUCCAGAACACCAUGGCUGAGCUGUGGGCGCUGCUUCACUUCAUCAUGCCCACACUGUUCGAUUCCCACGAAGAGUUUAACGAGUGGUUCUCCAAGGACAUCGAGAGCCACGCUGAGAACAAGUCGGCCAUCGACGAGAACCAACUUUCCAGACUGCACAUGAUCCUCAAGCCUUUCAUGCUGCGCAGGAUCAAGAAGGACGUGGAAAAUGAGCUCUCGGACAAGAUUGAGAUCCUGACCUACUGCCAGCUGACGUCCCGCCAGAGGCUCCUCUACCAGGCUCUGAGGAACAAGAUCUCCAUCGAGGACCUGCUGCAGUCCUCCAUGGGCACGGCCCAGCAGUCUCACAGCACCACCUCGUCCCUCAUGAACCUGGUCAUGCAGUUCAGGAAGGUGUGUAAUCACCCAGACUUGUUUGAGCGCCAAGAGACACGCUCUCCUUUCCACAUGUCCAUCAAACCCUACAUCAUGUCAAAGUUCCUCUACCGUCAUGGCCUCAUCCACGCACACAACCAGGCCAAGAACAAAUUACUUCAAGUGCUGUUGUCUCCCUUCUCUCCAAACCACAUCCAGCAGUCUCUCUUUCACAGAAAAGGUGAUGACAAAGGAAGCUGUUUUUCCUUCCUGCGCUUCAUCGACGUGUCACCUGCUGAGAUGUACAACCUUAUGCUGCAAGGCACCUUAGCGAGGUGGUUAGCCCUUUUUCUGUCCCUGAAAGCUGCGUACCGGCUCCACCAUCAACGUCUGUUUGGCCUUGAAGAAGAGAGGCAGGCGGAGGUCAGACACGGCGAGGUUGACGGAGGCAGUGUACCGCCCAGGAUUAUGUGUCUGUCUCACAAGGACCUGAUUCUGUGGCUAAACAGACCCACUGCCUUCCCCAACAUGCACAACAGUCCCGUCCUUCAGGAUCUGGUGUUCACAGCAGUCACGCCCGGCAUGGUGGGACACGGUGAUGUGAACAUCCUCAGCAGAAAUUCUACCACUUCCAAGUUACGGCCCUGCCGGCCCAUACUACCACCGAAGUUCCUGCUCGCUGCUACGCCCAGGGUGACGGCAGUUCCCAUGGAGCGUUAUUGUGCAGACCGCAGUGCUGGGUACGAGUGGUUGGUGACGCGCAGUGGAGGGGGCACGAUCUUCAAACAGUGCUUCCUCUACGGCUCUCCUGAACUUGCGUCAGACUGGCGUGCGAGGGCCAAUACCUUCCACCCACAAUGCCCUGGGGGUGUGAUGGCACUCUACCCUCGCCAUGGAUGGUCCUUCAUUCAGAUACCUGAUAAGGAGAGUCUGAUCACAGAAAGUGGAAAGCUCCACACCUUGGAUAUCCUGUUGAGUCGGCUAAAAGCGCAUGGACACCGAGUCCUCAUCUACUCCCAAAUGACGCGCAUGAUCGAUCUGCUGGAGGAGUACAUGGUUUAUCGAAAGCACACCUACAUGCGCCUUGAUGGAUCCUCCAAGAUUUCUGAGCGCAGAGACAUGGUGGCUGACUUCCAGAGUCGGACGGAUAUCUUUGUGUUUCUCCUGAGUACGAGGGCCGGAGGGCUCGGAAUCAACUUGACUGCCGCUGACACCGUGAGUCACUGACACACUCGAGAAAAA